AUGCCUCCACGUCGCCCUGCGUCAUCAAAAGACGACAAGCCUCCAUCUUUAGGCCUAUCAGGCAGGCCCUCAAAUGCAAGAGGAAAAGUACGAGUUGGGGGAGAAGCGAAACCGAAAGACGAAGAUAAAAUUGGAAUCAUACUUGAUAGGAUUCUUCUAGGCAUUGGACUUCUUGCACUUGUUGGACUGGUGCUAUAUUUCAUCGGUCUGGUUACGAAUCCGAAGGACAAGUACCAGAAGCGAUGUGACCGUCUUCACCACGAAGCCUAUGCUCAAGCCGGCGCUCCAGUACCCGAAACAUUGCACCGCUCGAUUCAGGACGACAUCAACAUGACCAAUUGCCCAUCCGCGACUGAAGGAGACUACGGGCUCUGCAUGAGGAACACCUUCAACCAUGGCCAGCAUGAGGCGCCAGUGACGUAUUUCCCCGAGGAUGUUAUGAAAUUCUUUUGGAACCAUCGGCCGCGUCUUCUCCAAGCCCCCCAAGCCUUCAACCUCCUCUUCUUCCAUAACACAUUAGGUCAUGGCAACGCUGUCCUUGCUGUCCUUGAGACCGGUCACGACAAGAGCGACAUCCAGCAGGAGCAGGCACGAGCGUUCUCAGGUCAGGCGGGUACGCUGAUGUUUCCGCGACUCACCUGCACAAGUCCUCUCCGAUUUUCCGCCAUCAAGAAAGUGCCGCCAGUAGUGAUUGGAGUUUACCCCACAUUCGCACCCAACAUCUCUCCAGUUCAGUUCGAUCAUACGCCUCACAACUUGGCCAAGAUUCUCUCCCAGUUACUCCACGAGAUGAUUCACGCGGUCACCUAUCUCUACUCUUGCCCCAUCUGUUACACUGGCAAGAUGCCUGGCAUACCGGGGAUUAUGGGGAAUUAUGCCCCGUGCCCGUACGUCGAGUUCCGUUACUUUGACGAUCAUGGACAUGGGCCGAUAUGGCUGGCUCUAGCGGUGGCAAUCGAUCACAUGUUAAAUCAGGAGGGGGUGUUGGAGAUUCCCGGCGUCAGUUGGAAAGACCACAGGUUGGAUCUGCACGUUGAUGAUGUCAUUGCGGAGUUUGAGGAUGCACAUACCAUGCUUAGGAUGAUGAAAAAGAUGAAAUCUUAG